CAGACUUUCACUGUAAUCAAGGAGUGGCCACGGAACAAUGUCUGGGGUAGAAAUUAGCCAAGCACCCAUGCUCGAGGAAUCGAACUGCUCGAGUUGGUACUUCGCGGCCGUCCUGGGCAUAAACCUGGUCAUGACCAUAGCCGCAGGAUUCAUCCUCUGCAUCCUGGGUUACCGAAUUUAUCAACGCACCAACAUCGAGGACCAGUACGAAAUCUUUGAAAACAAGGAGGAUGGAGGCGUGAAGAAGAGAACCAACCAUUAUGAAAACUGUCAGAAGGUCCGGUACACUAAGAAUGCUGACAGUAAUGGCGAAAUCAUGGACGAUGCCAACAUCUACGACGUUCCGCGGGAUGUGAUGGAGCCUGACAGUGAACUUUACGCCAACGUCAGUGGCAAUAGAGGAAUGAACAGGUUCAAAUAAUUUUUAUUAAUGUUUCACCGGGAAUUUCCUGAAUUACACCUGCCACUACGCUAACCCUUAAAUUCUUGAGUGAAAUUCAUAAUUCGCAUAUUAAAAAUAAAUUUGAACUAAUCGUUUUGGUUUUCAUUGAAAAAUAUGUUAUUAUUUUAGCAACUUGCCACUUCUCUUUCAAUAAACACAAUUUUAAUUCCGACAAGAAAAAUUAAUUUUUUUCAACUCAAUAUGUUGCCAAAGGAUGAAGUUUGCAUACGUGCAAUGUUAUAUUAAAAAAAUGGCCAUUGUAGAUGAAUAAAAUAAGUGGUAAAAUAAAGAGAAUAAUUUGUUUU